AGCGUUGGCGUCACAUGAGAGGAGGCAGGUUGCGCCGGGCAGGAAGGGAAGGGCGGGCGCAGGCGGCCCUUAAAAGUCCUCGCCGGGCCGGGCUCGCCUGGGCGCUGGCUCCCGGCCACCCCGCCGUCCCCAUGGCCCCCGCGGUGCCGCUGGUGCUCCUGGCCGCCCUGGCGGCCCUGGGGCCCGGGCUGGCCCGGCCGCCCGGCGACGACCUGGCCCCGCUCCGGCGCAGCUCCCGGGAGAUGGCGGUCGCCUGCCAGGCGGACGCCCAGUGUGGCAACGUCUCGCGCGCGGCGGCGGCUCCGGCCCCGGUGGAGCUGAGCCUCUACUACGAGAGCCUGUGCCCGGCGUGCCGGGCCUUCGUGGUGCGGCAGCUCUUCACCACCUGGCUGCUGCUGCCGGGCGAGGUGCUGAACAUCACCCUGGUGCCCUACGGCAACGCGCAGGAGACCAACGUCAACGGGACGUGGCGCUUCCAGUGCCAGCACGGCCCCGAGGAGUGUCUGGGCAACAUGGUGGAGGCCUGCCUGAUGCACGAGGUGCAGGACUUCAGCACCUACUUCCCCAUCAUCUUCUGCCUGGAGUCGGGGGUGUCCGUCACCAAGGACCUCGAGGCCUGCCUGCGGGUCUACGCGCCGGAGGUGGCGGCGGCGCGGGUGGCCGCCUGCGUGCAGGGCGACGUGGGGCGGCGGCUGAUGCACCGCAACGCCCAGCUGACGGCCGCCCUCGACCCGCCGCACCAGUACGUGCCCUGGAUCGUCCUCGGCGGGAAGCACACGGAGGAGCUGCAGGCGCGGGCGCAGGGCGCGUUGCUGCGGCUGGUGUGCGAGCUCUACCAGGGGGAGAAGCCCGAGGCCUGCACGGGGCAAGCCCCCAGGAACGUGCCGCGCUGUGCCCGCUGAGGCGCCCCGCCGGCAGCCCCCACCCACGGCCCGGCCCGGCAGGAGCGACCCGGGACGGCCGUGCUGCCAGCGGGGGGAUCAAAAUAAUAAAAAAAUGGUUGUUUGGUGGAAAA